UUUGGCUUCUUCGAUUCCUGGAUCUGCUUCUUCAGGGAAUUUUCUCCGUUAAAUCAUUUACUGCUUCAUGCUCAGAUUGAACGAAUGAUGAUGCUUUCUAGAAUUGGUCGUUCCCUUUCACGAUCGGCACGAUCGAGCUUCCAGCAGAGCGGAUUUUUGGGUGGUUCUGCCGGAAGGACUGCCAUUCUGGAUGAAGCGCUUCUGCAACCUCUACAUGGGCCUGCUUCCCUUGGGGCUGAGGAUGUUAGGUUAGGAUUUCAUAGAGGAUAUCUGACUUUCUUAGGAGCGAAGAAGGAGCUGAGGACGCACUUGUCGGAUUUGAAUUCCAUUAUAGCAAACCCUAGACUUCGACGAUUUUUUUCUGAUAAUGCCGGCAAAAAGAGAAACUACGAAAAUUUCUCUCCAAAGGGUAACAAGGAAAUUCCCAAAGGGAACAAUCAAAAAACCGAGUCAAAAGAGGAUUCAAGCACAGAUGGUCAUGGGAGUUUUCAGGAGAAUUUCAUGAAGCAGUUGCAAAACUAUUUGACUCCUUUAAUGUUUAUCGGUUUAGUGCUUUCAUCGUUCUCAUUUGGUCCUCGUGACCAGAAGCAGAUCAGUUACCAAGAGUUCAAGAACAAGCUUCUAGAACCUGGUCUUGUGGAUCAAAUUGUUGUUUCCAAUAAAUCAGUUGCAAAAGUGUAUGUCAGGAGCUCCCCCCGCAUUUCCAAUCAAACCAAUGAUGAUGUUAUCCAAGGAUCUACGGAUGGUACCCACAGUGGAGGAAAUGUGAGUCAGUACAAAUAUUUUUUCAAUAUUGGGAGUGUUGAAUCCUUUGAGGAGAAGUUGGAGGAAGCCCAAGAAGCAUUGGGGAUAGACUCUCAUGAUUUUGUUCCUGUAACUUAUGUCUCUGAAAUGGUUUGGUAUCAAGAGUUGAUGAGAUUUGCACCAACAGCUUUGAUUUUAGGAUCUCUAUUGUACAUGGGACGAAGAAUGCAGGGUGGUUUUGGCAUUGGUGGCAGUGGUGGUAGAGGUAGCCGUGGAAUAUUUAAUAUUGGAAAAGCCCAUGUGACUAAACUGGAUAAAAAUUCCAAGAACAAGGUAUAUUUCAAGGAUGUUGCUGGUUGUGAUGAAGCAAAGCAAGAAAUUAUGGAGUUUGUGCACUUUCUCAAAAACCCUAAGAAAUAUGAAGAUCUAGGAGCAAAAAUCCCAAAAGGUGCCCUUCUUGUGGGUCCUCCAGGCACAGGUAAGACACUUCUUGCAAAGGCAACUGCAGGUGAAUCUGGUGUUCCAUUCCUGUCUAUAUCAGGUUCAGAUUUUAUGGAGAUGUUUGUUGGGGUUGGGCCAUCUAGGGUUAGGAACUUGUUUACAGAAGCCAGACAAUGUGCUCCCAGUAUAAUCUUUAUUGAUGAAAUCGAUGCAAUUGGUCGAGCAAGGGGCAGAGGAGGCUUGACAGGUGCCAAUGAUGAGCGUGAAAGUACACUUAAUCAAUUGCUUGUUGAAAUGGAUGGAUUUGGAACCACUGCUGGAGUAGUUGUGCUUGCUGGAACUAAUAGACCUGACAUUCUAGACAAAGCACUCUUAAGGCCUGGUCGGUUUGAUCGCCAAAUAGCCAUCGAUAAACCUGAUAUCAAAGGCCGUGACCAGAUUUUCCAGGUUUAUCUGAAAAAGCUCAAACUUGAUCAUGAACCAUCAUAUUUCUCUCAGAGACUUGCAGCCCUCACUCCUGGAUUUGCUGGAGCCGACAUCGCAAAUGUUUGUAAUGAAGCUGCUUUAAUUGCUGCGAGAAGUGAGGGAACACAGAUCACGUUGGAUCAUUUUGAGGCAGCUAUAGAUAGGAUAAUAGGUGGUUUGGAGAAAAAAAACAGGGUAAUAAGCAAGUUGGAACGCCGGACCGUUGCAUACCAUGAAUCAGGUCAUGCUGUUGCUGGGUGGUUCUUGGAACAUGCGGAGCCCUUGCUCAAAGUGACAAUAGUUCCACGUGGUACUGCAGCGCUUGGUUUUGCUCAAUAUGUUCCAAAUGAAAACCUUCUAAUGACCAAAGAGCAGCUCUUUGAUAUGACAUGCAUGACCCUUGGGGGCCGAGCAUCAGAGCAGGUUUUGUUGGGAAAAAUCUCAACAGGAGCACAGAAUGAUUUGGAGAAGGUGACCAAGAUGACUUAUGCCCAGGUGGCUGUCUAUGGUUUUAGUGACAAGGUAGGUCUACUCUCUUUUCCUCCUAGGGAGGAUUCAUAUGAGAUGAUCAAGCCAUAUAGCAGCAAGAUGGGGGCAAUGAUCGACAAUGAGGUUAGGGAAUGGGUAGGCAAGGCCUAUGAACGCACUGUGCAGCUGAUAGAGGAGCACAAAGAACAUGUUGCACAGAUUGCUGAGCUGUUGCUUGAGAAAGAGGUCUUGCACCAAGAAGACUUGGUUAAAGUAUUAGGGGAGCGUCCAUUCACGUCAGCUGAGCCCUCAAAUUAUGAUAGGUUCAAGCAAGGAUUCCUAGAUGAAGAAGAGAAGAAUACACAGACCACAGAGGCAGGGACUGUGGAGGACGAUGGGUCAUCUCCUAUUGGACCACAGGUUAUCCCAGCGUAAUAACUGGAGAAAAUUUUGUGGUUGUAUAUGACAAAAAAGGACAUUUCCUUUCUUUUUUUCCAGGCCCCUUUGGAUGAACUAAUUGUACAAAUCAACAUAUUUGCUAGUGUUAAAUUAUUUUGUAAUAGCAU